UAAAUGGAUAUCUUCAGUAGUUUGAAAUCUGUCAUGCAUUUAGCAGAGUGAACUUAAAUUUUGUGUAUUAGUUGGACUCUUUAAGCAAUUUAACUGGACAAUCUUUAGUCACACAUUUCUUGUUCUUUUACGUUUUUGUUGGGAAAGGAGAGGUGUAGAAAUUAAAAUAUUAAAAAUCCCUGUUUGGUACCUUUCCAAUUGAAAUGCUUUGUUCACUGUGUAACAACAUUUCAGAUUACAAUCAUUUCAAGUAAAUGGAGAUCCAUUGAGACUAUCUUUAUAAACAUCAGUUAAAAUCAAUACUGUACCCUGCUGGGUUUAUUUGUCAUAUAUGCCAGGAAAGCACUCUAUCCUUUUUCACUAUCUUUGUUCUUGUACAGAGUUUUGCUCCUUCCAGUAUUUAUCCAGUUUUUGUUUUCACUAUUCCCAGCCAUAUAUAAUGUAUAUUUGGGUGAAUAAACAUUUUAUUGCCUUUCCACUUCCAUCAGAAACUGUUCAGAUUAAGAUUUUUGUCUUGAAUUCCUAGCUGCUAUAAUUAAGGUAUUCGGUGCAUUGCUCAGUCUUGUAACUGUUUGAAGAUGUUUUCACUUGGCCGUUGGAAUGAAUCUGAUCACUUGGCAUUCCUGUGGCAAGAUAAGUUUUACAUAAAUAUUACAUUCUGGACAAUAAUUUCUUUCCAAAAUUUGUUUAUUUCUGAAGUUUACUUGUCAGGAAAAUUAUCUUCCAUCAAAAAUGUCAAAUAAAAUAUCUGUGUUGGUGAAAGAAAGAAAAGAAACGAGGUCUGGAGAAGCACAAGAGAUCAUCUGCCAGAAAAGGAUGACAUUUACAUCUUGAGGGGGUGGGGGAGGGGUGUGAAUAUACAAGUGAAGGGUUAAAUUUUUUUUAAUCAUCUGAAAUGGAUCAAACAUCAAGUUCAAUGUAAAACUAUUGGAAAGUGAUCUAGUUGAAACUGCUGCAAUGAAACUUGAUGCCUGUGCUGGAGGGUAGUGUGAUGUGGAUAAUUGAGGCAGGUUCAAUAAUUAAGAUAGUAAGAGAUUCUUCUACUUCUUUCAGUUAGUCCUGAUGAAGAGUCUCGGCCUGAAACAUCGACUGUACUUCCUAUAGAUGCUGCCUGGCCUGCUGCGUUCCACCAGCAUUUUGUGUGUGUGUUAAUAAAAUUUGAAGGUAGCAUUGAGCCAUCUUAAUAAAGUGUAAUCUAUCAUUGUCAAAGCAAAGCCAUUUUUCAAAGGAAGCCUGAUUUUGGAAAUGGGGAGAUUAAAAAUCAUGCAUGGGAACAGGCGGAGGAAAAGGGUAAAGUUUUAAGUUCCGAAGCAUAUGUGGGGAAAAGAAACAGCAUUUCAGCUCAAUGUACUUCUAUCCUACAAAUUGUUUUCCUGUGUUUUUUCCAACAUUUCAUUUGAAAUUUGCAGCAUUGUUACAAAAAGUAAUGAAUGUAUGAUUAGGUUAAGUGCUUGAUCUGUUAGAUUUAUUGUAAAUGCAUUUUUAAGUUUAUUUUGUGAACAGAAAAUAGAAUGUUGGACAACCUUCCGCUGACUUAUUUCCAAUUAGUUCCUAUGCCACCAUUUGUAUUCAAUCAUUUAUAGCUGGCAUUUCUAUAUAAUCCUUCAAGUGCUGGUGGACGAAGGAGGUUAGAACUUCGUCUUGUUACUUGUUCUUAUAUAUUGAGUGGAGUCGUAAGAACCACCUUGCACUCAACAGCAUUAAGAUGGAGGAAUCGAUUGUAAACUCCAGGAAGAAGUUGGGGAACACACACCGAGGGAUCCGAAGAGGAAAAGUUGAGCCGUUUCAAGCUCCUGGGUGACAACAUCUCUACUGAAGAUCUAUAUUAAAGCAAUUACAAAGAAGGCACAAUAGCGGCUAUAUUUCAGUAGCAGUUUGAGGAGUACUGGUAGGUUACCAACAUCGCCCGCAAAUGUCCAGCAGUACAACGGAAGAGCAUUGUAACUGGUUGCAUCACCGUCUUUCAUGACAUAGCAGUGCUAUUAAACCCGAUAAAUUCCUGAUGAAGGGUCACGUUCCGAAACGUCGACUCUUGCUCUUUUCUAUAGAUGCUGCCUGACCUGAGUUCCUCCGGUAUUUUAUGCUUGUUGCUACUACUACAUCUAUUCUGAAUUCACUUGCGGGAAGUCCGCAAUGGUCAUGCGUGUAAAGCAGCAAAACGUUGCGCAUUGGCGAGUGGCUGAGCGAUAAGUACGUAUUAGUUUGUCAUUGGUUAAAACUAUGCUUGUAAGACAUUGUGACCAAUCGGUGCUAAACGAAGGGCUCAAAGGCAGAGGACAACCAAUCAAGAUUCUGGUGCUGAGACAAUGCUUUACCAAUGAUACUCGGCUGCUGGAGUUCGGCCGCGCAAUGAAUGCGAUGUGUCUGAGAAAGCGGGGCGUCUCGGUGGUGGUCAUGAUGCUGUUCCUCGGCUCCUUUACCGCCUUGCUGGUGAUGCAUCUCAGGGGUGCCUUAUGGCUGCUGCGAUGCCGGCUUUUAGACUCGGGCUUGGGCAGCGACUCCAGCACCGAGCUCAGUCUCACCUACAGCGGGGUUGAACUGAGCCAAAUCGGCGAGCCCUGGGCCUUCAGGCAGAGAGCGGGUCCAGAUCUCCAGUUGGAGGCUAAAGCUGCUUUGCACCAAGCUCUGGAGAUGAAGCGUCUGGGGAAGAGAGAAAAGGCACACAAAUUGUUCAUGCAUGCCUUAAAUAUGGACCCACACUACGUAGAUGCAUUGAAUGAACUGGGUGUCUUCAUGGAAGAGAACAAGGAUGUUAUUCAAGCCGACCAUUUGUACACAAAAGCAUUGACCAUUUCUCCAUGCAACGAGAAGGCACUGGUCAAUCGUGACAGGACGUUACCUCUGGUAGAAGAAAUUGACCAAAAGCAAUUUAGUAUAAUUGACCACAAGGUUAAAAAGUUGAUGGCUAUACCCAAAGGGAAUGCAGCGUUGCACCGUGUGAUGGAGGAAAGUUAUUACCAUCAUAUUUAUCAUACUGUGGCUAUUGAGGGCAAUACACUGACCCUUUCUGAGAUCAGGCACAUCAUUGAAACAAGGUAUGCCGUACCUGGAAAGAGCCUGUUGGAGCAGAAUGAAGUUAUUGGAGUUGAUGCAGCCAUGAAGUAUCUCAACAAAUCCCUGCUAUCGAGAAUUGGAUCUGUUAAUACAGAUGACAUUUUACAGAUUCACAGAAGGGUCUUGGGUCACGUUGAUCCUGUAGAGGCUGGAAGAUUUCGAACCAAUCAAGUCUUCGUAGGCCAUCACAUUCCUCCCCAUCCCAGAGAUGUCAGGAAACAAAUGCAAGAGCUUGUCCAGUGGUUGAAUUCUGAAGAAGCCAUGAGUCUACAUCCUGUGGAGUUUGCUGCCCUUGCCCAUUAUAAACUUGUUUAUAUCCAUCCCUUUGUAGAUGGGAAUGGAAGGACGGCUCGAUUACUGAUGAAUCUUAUUUUAAUGCAGGCAGGAUAUCCACCUAUCACAAUCCGCAAGGAGCAGCGGGUUGAGUAUUAUACUUCAUUAGAUUUGGCCAAUGAGGGAGACGUUCGGCCAUUUAUCCGCUUUAUUGGGAAGUGCACAGAGAUGACGCUUGACUUACUGCUGAUUGCAACAGCUGAUCAUUCUGUUGAUAAAGGUUUACCUGAAGCUAAUCCAAACCACUCAGAUUAUACACAAACCAUCUUAGUUAAAAACUAAUGGUUUAAUGGCUACGAUUGUGAAUGUGAACUCUAGCUCAA